GGAAGGGGAAGGUGGUGGUUAUUAAUGAUAUAUAUUUACAUACCUCUGCUUGUUAAGUAUGGAAAAAAAACAACAGUCAUUUUGACCAAAGAGGAAUCACCCAUGAUUUUGAGGAUCUGGUAGUUGACGUGCGCCAACCAUAUGGUACACGCACGCCCACAACACUACCACCCUACGAGCGCGCCUGGCGGUGGCCGCGGCCAUCGUCGCUAAGCCAGUAGUGGAGAGGCCGGGGCGGGUGUCUGCAUGGAUUCUGGGGGUUGACUACCGUUUCCGGUAACAACACCGUCCUCACUCGUAGUUACCACCUCAUCAACU